GUACAUAGAAGCGUUUCAAAGCGUCUACAAGCAACACACACACAGACUCAACAUGAAGGUACUUUACAGCUGCAUUCUCCUGCUCGCCGUCUUUGCUGCCAGCCAGGCCUACAGCUCCAGCUGGGGCAGACGCGUCAACGGCGACUUUUUGCUCUCCCGCCAGAUUGAGGUGCGUCAGCCCAAUCGCAACAACUACUGGAACGUUCAAGUGGAUUUCCCAAAAGGCGGCAACAACCGAAACAACAUCACCUUUGUCAAUGUUAUCGAUAACUUCCGCAACAGCUCUGGUGCUUCGCCUUCUCUGUUGUCUGGCGGUCCCAAUUUCACUUGGUGCAAAUUGCAGCUGCGCAGCCAGGUCAGCCAAGGCAUGAACUCUACCGUUGAGAUCUGGGGACGUUACUAAAACUGGGAGCAACAAAUGCGUUUAGAUUGACUUAAUCGAUAACAAAAAAAAACGUUAAUAUAACAUAACGAAUUUCAAUAAAAAAAAAACUUGUAUGCAUAGCUUAAA